AUGGCUAGUGCUUCAAAGAACAAUCAUGAUGCAGGUAAGAAGAAAAUGUCAUUGGAAGAGUUCUUUAGCGACAAUUCGCUAGGGGACUCCGUGUGGGACGAACAGGAGAUUGACUUGAACGCUAUCAAGACGUCCAUCUCGAAUACGACGAGUUUGGAUGUUCUCAAGAACUCGUCCAUUAGACUGGACGCGAAUGCGCACGGCCAUGGCCACGGCCACGGCCACGGCAUGGGCAUGGGCCACGGUCAGCACCGUGACCCAAACUUGUCUGAAAACCAACGCUUGCCCAGUGCUCCGCCCUACAUCCUCAAGUUUGCCAAUUUGCCAGCCUCGUUCUCGAACUAUGAGAUCGAAGACUUGUUCAAGGCCAAACGCGCCCAGUUCGUCAAGUUCAAGCUCUUUUGGGAGUUGAACAAGACCUUGGGCGCCAAAAAUGAACCCACCGUGUUCCAACAGCUUUUCAAGCGCGACUCCAAGGUCGCCUUUGUUGAGGUUUACUCCUACAGAGACAUGGAAAAGAUCUUGACCCAAUGGAAAACUCCGUUGCGUGAGUUGUACAACAUCCGCGUUGACAUGCCUUCCUUCGACGACUUCAAGGAGUACAUGGACAAGGACAAACUCAUUGACCCACGCGAUGACGCCUCGAAGCCCUACAGGGCCCCUGAGGGCGGUGCUUCUGCUGCUGCUAGAAGAAGAUCUUCCGGCGAAGGUUUGCCUCCACCAACUGAAAGACGCAAGUCUAACCCAUUCGGCAGCGCUAAGCCAGUGGACACGCAGACCAAGUUGCUCCAGAUAGAAAGCAAAAUCGACCAAUUGGGCAUCGAAGACACCAAAACCUUGAGACGUUUGACCAUCGGAAGCGACGAAGAGGACAACCACGAAAACGAGUCCAACCAGGAAAAGGGCGACAGGGUCAGAAAAAGCUUGCAAGUUUUGAAAAGAGAGAAAAAUAUCGACGACAACGACUCAGAAGCUAUCUCAAACCACGCUCCUUCUAUGUCCCCUCCUCCUUCGGCUUCAAAUGCAACCACUGCUGCAGCUUCAGCCUCAGCUACCCCGCCUCCUAAACUGAACUUUAUGUCCAUCAUCAAGAAGAAGGAACAAACUGAAUUGCAAGAACAAAAGAUCAAAGAAGAAGAGGCCAUUAAGGAAAACGCCGCCAGAGAAGAAAAAUUAAAGAGACAUGCACAGGCAAGAAUUGACGAAGAAGCAAGACGCCAAGCUGAAGACGAAAAUAGCGGCGACUACUCUAGUGGUGCCAAUGGUGACGACAACGGCAACGGUAACAGGGGCUCCGACUCCCAUGGAAACCACCAUCACUCCAACCAAAACUACUCCAAUAACUUCAAGUUCAAGGAUAGUGGAAACAACGACUAUAACAACAAUAACCGCCGUGGUGGCGGUAGAGGCGGUUCCCGUGGCGGUAGAGGCGGUGGUCGUGGAGGAUCUUAUAGAGGUGGUAGUGACAACGGCAACAACGGCAACAGGUUCAACUCGGACUCCGGUAAUAAUUACCAAAAGAGGUAUGAAGACAGAUCACAAUCGCAUCAACAAUACGGUCUCUUCGCACCAGCUGCUGGCUUCUUGAAAGAUCAAUCAAGAGGUGAUAGAGGUGGAAGAGGCGGUAGAGGUGGAAGAGGUGGAAGAGGUGACAGAGGUGGAAGAGGUGGAAGAGGUGAUAGAGGUGGAAGAGGUAGAGGUCGCGGUGGCUACAGUGAUUAA